AUGUCUACUGCCCCUAUGCAGACCAAGCGUAUUGCGCUGGCCGCGGGAUUGGCCACUGCUGUGGCAGCUCCUCUGUUCGUGGCGCCUUCCACAGGCACGGCGGAGCGGGCGACCGCCCUUCGUGGCAGCCGGGCUGCACCUGCGGCUGUGACCCAGGCCGCACCUGGUGCCAUGGCCACAGUGGGCACGGCCGGUGCAGUCGUUGCCCUGGCGGCCCUCGGGGCAUCUGGUGCCAAAGCCGGCACUCGCAAGCCUCGCAUGGUCCAGGUCGCCCGUCAGUCAGUGGAGACCUUCCAGCAAAACGCGUUAGAGUACCCGGCAGCCUAUGAGAAGAUCGCAGACGUGAACAACAAGGAGAAAGAGGCCGACAUCAUCUGCACCAUCGGACCAAAAUCCUUUGACCCCGAGGUUCUCGUGGAGCUCAUGAAGGCAGGCAUGAACGUCAUCCGAUGCAACAUGUCCCACGGAGACCACGAGGAGCAGAGCAUGAAGUUGGCCAACCUGGAGAAGGCCUACGAGCUCGCUCCCGAGUUCAAGGGGAAGAUGAAGAUCCUGAUGGACACCCGUGGCCCGGAGAUCCGCACCGGCACCUUCGAGGUCUACAACUCCAAGAAGGAGCUGAAGGCUGGCCAGGAUUUCAAGCUCGUCACUGACUACAGCCUGAAGGGCGACGAGAACAUGGUCGCAAUCACCUACGAGCAGCUGCCCAAGAGUGUGAAGCCAGGCCAGCGCAUCCUCAUCCAGGACGGCACCGUCAUUCUGGAGGUCACGGAGGCCAAGGACGACGAGGUCCUCUGCAAGGUGGUCAACAACUGCAAGCUGGGUGAGAAGAAGAACGUGAAUGUUCCAGGCGUGAAAGUAGACAUCCCCGUUGUGGGAGAGCGCGAGAUCAAGGACAUCGAAGAGUGGGCGGUCCCCAACAAUGCGGACUACAUCGCCCUGAGCUUCGUUCAGAGUGCUGAUGAUGUGAAGGACUGCCGCAAGCACUUCGGAGGCAAAGACAUCAAGGUCAUCUCCAAGAUCGAGAACGUCGAGGGCUUGAAGAACUUCGAGGAGAUCCUUGCGGAGUCCGACGGCAUCAUGGUAGCCCGCGGCGAUCUCGGCAUGGAGAUCCCCAUGGAGAAGGUCUGGAUGGCCCAGAAGAUGAUGCUCAAGAAGACCAAGGCAGCUGGCAAGUAUGCCGUGUGUGCCACGGAGAUGCUGGCCUCCAUGGAGGACAAGCCGUUCCCGACCCGCGCAGAGGCCUGCGACGUGGCCAACGCCGUCUUGGAUGGCGCCGACGCAGUGAUGCUCAGCAGCGAGAGCGCCAUGGGAAAGUUCCCGGUCGAGACGGUGAACACCAUGAGGAGGAUCGUCGAAGAGGCCGAGCACGCGCUCGUGUCCGAGAAGGUCGCGGCGUGA